CUACCCAGAGACAGUGUCUGUUGGAGUGCCAAGAUGAAGAGAAGUAAGGAGUGGGGUGGCAGCGACGGGGUGCCGGCACAAGAGCCAGGCAAUGGGGCCUCAGGACUGACAAUGAGGAGGGAGAUUGGGCUGUGGAGCGCUGUGUCUUUCAGUGCUGGCUGUAUGAUUGGCUCUGGCAUCUUUAUGUCACCACAGGGAGUCUUGGUUCACAUGGGCAGCCCUGGAGGCAGUCUUGUGGUCUGGGCAGUCUGUGGCCUCCUGGCCAUGCUGGGUGCCCUGUGCUUUGCUGAGCUGGGUGCCCUGAUUCCUGAAUCUGGAGGAGAAUAUGCCUACAUCUUACGGACCUUUGGCUCCUUGCCAGGCUUCCUGGUAGCCUAUACUUACGUGCUAGUGGCCAGACCCGCUGCCAUCGCUGCUGUCUCUCUGAGUUUUGCUGAAUAUGCCCUGGCUCCCUUCUACCCUGGCUGCACCUCACUGCCCCAGGUUGCAGUCAAGAGUGCGGCUGCUUCCUGCAUCCUGCUGCUCCUGCUGGUCAACGUGUGGAGCUCUCGGCUGGCCACCAUACUGAUGAACGUGUGCACGGCCGCCAAGGUGUUCUCAUUGCUGAUCAUCGUGGUAGGUGGGGCUGUGGUGCUGGUCCAAGGUCAUGGCCGAACUGAAGUUUUCCUGUCUGCCUUCCAAAACACAACACUACAGGCAGGGAGCAUUGGCAUGGCCUUCUACCAGGGACUGUGGUCCUUUGAAGGUUGGGGUAGCAUCAACUAUGUGACGGAGGAACUGAAGAACCCAAAGCGAAACCUCUUGUGGACACUGAUAAUUUCCAUUCCGAUGGUCACAGCCUUGUACCUCCUGGUCAAUAUCAGCUACCUGCUGGUGCUCUCACCCAGUGAGAUCCUCUCCUCUAAGGCAAUGGCUGUGAUGUGGGGGAAUCAGAUUCUGGGGUCCUGGGCCUGGCUGAUGCCUUUAGCCGUUGCCCUUUCAACAUUUGGUUCUGUCAAUGGGACGUUCUUCGGCAGCAGUCGUGUGUGCUUUGUAGCUGCAAGAGAGGGCCAUAUGCCCAGUCUGCUGUCCAUGCUUCACGUGCAUUGCCUCACACCGGCUCCAGCCCUGAUGUUCACCACAGUUGUGGCUUUGAUCUUGGUCAUCCCAGGAGAAUUCAGCACUAUCGUGAACCUCUUGAGCCUCCUAUCCUGGAUUGUCUAUGGAACCACCAUUGGCUGUCUCUUGUACUUGAGGAUAAAGACAAAGAAUCUUCCCCACAUUUAUAAGGUUCCCACCAUCAUCCCUGUCAUCAUGCUUCUGGCUUCUCUCUACCUGGUACUGGCACCGAUCAUCGACCAUCCCCAGAUGGAGAUGUUGUACCUGUUCCUGUUCAUGCUCAGUGGUUUCCCGGUGUAUUUCUUGCUGAUCUACUUCCAGUGCCAGCCCAAGUGUUUGCAGAAGGCCAUCUUGCAUCUCCAGCUGCUUUUUGAAGUUGCUCCGACCACGAAAGAGUGCUGACUGGAGGGCUGGACAGGUUCUACACUGCCCUCUUUGCAGACCCCUCCUCUCCAUCCCUCACAAGUGGCCUUGCCAGGUUCUCAAUUGGUUCAUUGUGCAUAAUUCUAGUAAACUCUUAAGUGCUGUAACGUUGUUGUGGGGCUUGGGGUUAGUCACUAGGACAGUGCUCCCCUUUUCUUUAAGAAUCACUUCUUUAAUCAGCCUCAUGCCUGUUAUAUACUUGACUCUGGGUAUAAAUAGCCAUUUGGUCAGUAAUUGUCACCUAGGUGGCCACUGUGAAAUACGUUUAUUUUCUGAGAUUUUUGGAAUGAGAAUUCUAUUCAGUCUCUGUUGGUUGUCUGAGCUGAAGAACUUCACAUCUUGGGAUUUUUUU